AUGAAGUCCUUGCCUACCAUUGCCCUUUACUUGGCGGCAAUCUCCACUACCGUGUUCGGUCGUGAGAAGAAGGAUGAGCGUUCCGAUCCUCAAGUUCCAGCAUUCCUGUCUGGCUUCUUCAACGAUGUCCAAGACACUGCACGCGUCGCCAUAAAUAAAGCAGACAAGUUCAUCCAAGACAACAACAUUGCCGAAGAGGCGCAAAAUGUUGCAAGUGCAGUCUUCAGCAAAGGAGAUGAUUUCUUUCAGACUAAGGUCAUUGCCUCGCUGCCACCCGAUGUUCAGACAUUCUUCCAACAGAAAACUUCCGACCUCCGUGUCACUGUCGUUGCAGUUAAGUGGGAAUACCUUGCCGAAGAUGCCAAGCAGUACAUUCGAGAGCACCCGUACCAGACUGCUCUCCUGGUAACUGAAGGUGUGGUUUACUUUACACCAGCCGGCCUGAGUGGAGGUGUCCUGAACCUGCUGGGUUGGACAAGGUAUGGUCCUCGAGCCGCUUCGUUCGCAAGCAAGCUCCAAGCUGCUUUGGGUCCGGUCUAUGCUCGAAGCAUUCGAGCCACAGCUCAGAGUGCAGCCAUGGGCGGAUACGGCGCUUCAGUUAUUCACGGCGUUACCAGGGCUGGGGCGGCUCUUUCAGGAGCACUUACUGGAACAUGGAAUAAAUGGCAGCCUUCUGAACCCGAAAAGGAGAACAAUAAGGGAGAGUGGAGAAAGGAGGAGCUUUGAGCUCCGACUUCUACGACUGAGUAUGAAAUGAGUACUUGAGUUUGGAACUUGAUGUAUCCCGAACAUGGAACAUCAAGGAUUUAUCAGCAUUCCAAGCCAAGCAAGACCCCUGUGC